AAAAAUAAAAAAUAAAAAAAGAAGUUUAUGGAGUAUACACUAGAACCUUCAUUUACAAACUUUUUUUAUGCGAUCACUUUCCAAUUUUCAAUGAGAAAUAUAUAUCCCUCUUUAUAUAAACUUGUACCACAAACUCGUUACACAACUUGAUAAUUUCCAAUUCCACGUGAAAAAGGGAGUAAUGGAUCGAGGCAACGAGGAGAGAGAUGGGUUGGCGAAGACGACGAUGAUGACGACGUUGCGGUUGCUAGCUCUCCUUUCUUUCAUAUCUCUCUUGUAUUCCUACUUCUUCUCAGGUUUGUCAUCCUACAACAACAUUCAAUUCUCCACAUUGGUCUUCUCAUUAUUCGCCCACGCCAUGGAUCGCAAGUAUGUCUUCUUGAUCUGCAACGCCAUCGUUGCCUUCCUUGUCAAGAGCUUGAGCUUCUCCUCCUCCUCCUCCCCCGGCGUCAGCCAAACGCCACCAAAUCUAGUUCAAGAAAAUGUAGAAUAUGGUGCCGGAGAAGAAGAAACUGAUACGCAGGAGGAAUGCAUUUAUCGAGCUGUCAUUGAAGAAGACGAGGCUGAGGAUGAAGGUGUUGAUGAAGAAGACGAGGAUGAGGACGAAGGUGUUGAUGAAGAUAAAGGCGGGGAGGGGGAAUCGAGAGUGGAGGAGGUGAGCACGGAGGAGUUGAAUCACAAGUUUGAGGAAUUUAUCAAGAAAAUGAAGGAGGAAAUCAGAGUUGAAGCCAAGCAACAUCUCAUAGCAGUUUAGACUAAUUUCUUUUUAAUACUAACAUAAGGUAAAAAAAUGAAAAGCAGCUUGUAAAUUGUAUGCACGAGUUCUAUGUUAGAUGAGAAUUUAUCAAACAUCA